AUUUACAAGUCAUGAUAAUUUGCUGCUAGCAGUAGCACUUAUCAUCCCGCUAUGCAAAUAUAAUCAAAUUCGAAAUUUACAAUCAGAUUUCGCUUAAAUUUCACCAAUUUCCCUGAAAACCGCUUAGUACGAUUGCGUGAACAAUGGAGAACCCAGCCGCCAACAUCACGGGUACCGCGCCAUUAAUUUAUUUCCAAUGGUACGAUCACGCGUUCUUUGGAUUUAUGCUGUUCUUGAGCACCGCCAUUGGGAUAUAUUUUAGCAUAACAGGCGCCAAUAAGAAGAACAUCACAGAUGAGUAUUUUAUGGGCGGUAAGAAAAUGUCAGUGAUGCCCAUCGCCGUCUCCUUGGUAGCAAGUCACAUAUCAAGUGUAAGUUUAAUGGCGGUGCCGGCUGACGUGUAUAGUUUUGGUGCAAUGUAUUGGCUGAGCACUAUUUCUAUUAUGGUCAGUGCAUUUGCGACAAGUUAUAUUUUCCUGCCUGUUUUCUACGAGCUUCAACUAAACAGUACCUAUGAAUAUCUUAUGCUGCGGUUUAAUUCGUCCAUACGAACCAUGUGCUCACUGUUUUUUAUUCUUAAUAUUCUUCUGUUUAUGGGGAUUGUGGUUUAUGUUCCGGCUCUAGCGUAUUCAAAAGCCACUGGAUUGAGUGUCCAUUAUAUUAUUCCGGCAAUUUGUGCAAUUUGCACGUUUUACACUACGAUUGGAGGGUUGAAAACCGUUGUAUGGACUGACACACUGCAGUUUUCCGUGACAUCAACCGCGGUUGUAGUAAUUUUUUAUUUGGGUGUGACUAAAGCUGGAGGAUUCACUAAUGUAUUCCAGACUGCAUGGGAAGGAAGUCGUUUACAUUUUGAUUUUGACUUAGAUCUAACAAAACGGGAAACUGUCUUUGCUGUGCUGAUGCAUUGGUUUCUUUCAUACACAAGAAUGUUGUCAACAAGUCAAGAGUGUGUGCUAAAGUUUUUGUCCUUGCCGACAUUAAAAAAGGCCCAACAAUCGAUAUUCCUUUUCUGUUUUGGCAUUAUUUGCGUGAAGAGUAUCAUUGUUAUCACUGGUUUGAUAAUGUUUACGUUAUACAAAGACUGUGACCCGUUGAUGUCGGGCUCCAUUUCAAAAAUUGAUCAAUUAGUACCAUUUUAUGUUGCUGAUGUAGCAUCUAAAGUGCCUGGACUGACUGGAUUGUUUUUAUCGGGAGUUUUCUGCACCGCACUGAGCACGUUAUCGGCCAUUAUGAAUGCGCUCUCAGCUACGAUCUACCAAGACUUUGUUGCAAAGUUUCUGCCCAAGUUUGCAAAGCAAGAACAGUAUACUUCAAUUACGAUAAAACUUCUCGUUGUCGUAAUGGGCGUGCUAAUUACAUUCCUCGCUUCGCUUGUUGGAUAUCUUGGACCAAUCCAACCGCUUGCUAUCAGUGUUGCUAGUAUAUCAGCGGGAAGUUUCUUUGGGUUAUUCACCCUUGGUGUACUGGUCCCCAGAGCCAAUACAAAAGGUGCAUUUUCUGGAGUAAUAAUUUCUACUCUAUUCGUCGGCUGGAUGUUCGUAGGGGCGCAAUGGUACCGAUCCAAAGAUAUGAUCAAAAAUAUACCCACACAUUUAAGCACAGAGCAGUGCACGUUUGAAGUGCCUGUUGUUGAAAACAAUUCAACAAUUUUAGAUGCGCCAACAGAUAUUUUCUUUCUAUAUCGAGUCGCCAGUUAUUACUAUGCUUUGACUGGUUGUGUUGUGUGUAUUGCGGUUGGUAUUGUUGUUUCUUUACUAACUGAUCAUGGGGGACAUGUUGACAAGAGAUUACUGUCGCCGUUGGUGCACCGAUGGCUUCCGGAGGAUGCCGGAAAAGAUGAUUAUUUUUCAAUUGAUAAGGCAAAUAGAAUCGUGACUUCGCUUGAUUUACAAAAUUUACAGGACGCAAACAAAAAUGUAUCAAAAGUAUAAAUUAUAACAACUGGCAGAAAUAUAAUAUGGUUUUACACAA